UGCCGGCAAAUCCUCGCUCACGAAACUCCUCCUCCGCGCCUACGAUCUGCAGCAACCCGCACCGGACGAGGGGGACACCAUCACCCUGGACGGCCACGACAUCCGCUCCCUGACCCAGUCCUCCCUGCGCGACUGCAUCGGCCUCGUCCCGCAGACCCCCCUCCUCUUCAACGCCUCCAUCCGCGACAACCUCCGCUACGCCAAGCUAGACGCCACGGACGCGGAGAUCGAGGCGGCGUGUCGCGCGGCUACGACACGCGGGUCGGCGAGCAGGGCGUCAAGCUUUCCGGCGGGGAGGUGCAGCGCCUGGCAAUUGCGAGAGUGCUGCUCCGGGAUCCGCCCGUGCUCGUGUUGGAUGAGGCGACUAGUGCGGUGGAUACGGAGACGGAGUGGGUGGUGCAGCGGGCUUUGUUCCCUUCCGGUUCGAAGGCGGGGCGACAGGGUCGGAGAGGGAGAAAGAGAAGAAGCAGAAGGAGGAGGAGGAGGAGGGGAGGUGGGGAGGACUGGAAGGGCGAAAAGAACGACGUUUGUGAUUGCACAUCGGCUGUCGACGGUGGUGCGCGCGGACCAGAUUCUCGUGCUGCAUGAGGGGAGGAUUGUCGAAAGGGGGACGCAUGAGGAGUUGUUGGCCUUGAAGGGGAGGUAUUAUGGGCUCUGGCAGAGGCAGUUGGUGGUUGUUGAGGGGGGAAGCUGACGAGGAGGGGAUCUCCCUGGUGGAGACUUGGUGAUUUUUCUUUCUUGUGUAGGAGUUGAGGGGGGUGUCAUCGUUCGGAUGCAUUUGCUUUAUA